CCCUGGGCGCCCUGCGGGCCGGGUCUCCGUCGGGCGCCAUGAACGACCAGUACCACCGGGCCGCGCGGGAUGGCUACUUGGAGCUCCUGAAAGAGGCCACCCGGAAGGAGCUGAAUGCCCCAGACGAGGAUGGCAUGACCCCUACCCUCUGGGCUGCCUACCAUGGCAACCUGGAGUCGCUGCGCCUUAUCGUGAGCCGAGGGGGUGACCCGGAUAAAUGUGACAUCUGGGGCAACACACCCCUACACCUGGCAGCUUCCAAUGGCCACCUGCACUGCCUGUCCUUCCUGGUGUCCUUUGGGGCCAACAUCUGGUGCCUGGACAACGACUACCACACGCCGCUGGACAUGGCCGCCAUGAAGGGUCACAUGGAGUGCGUGCGCUACCUGGACUCCAUCGCGGCCAAGCAGAGCGGCCUCAGCCCCAAGCUGGUGGGCAAGCUCAAGGACAAGGCGUUCCGCGAGGCGGAGCGGCGCGUCCGCGAGUGCGCCAAGAUGCAGCGCCGGCACCACGAGCGCAUGGAGCGGCGCUACCGGCGCGAGCUGGCCGAGCGCGCCGACGCGCUCAGCUUCUCCAGCCUCACGUCCAGCACCCUGAGCCGCCGGCUGCACCACCUGGCGCUGGGCAGCCACCUGCCCUACUCGCAGGCCACCACGUUGCACGGUACGGCCAAGGGCAAGACCAAGAUCCAGAAGAAGCUCGAGCGGCGCAAGCAGGCCGGCGAGGGCACCUUCAAGGUGUCCGAGGACGGUCGCAAGAGCGUUCGCUCGCUGUCCGGCCUGCAGCUGGGCAGCGACGUGAUGUUUGUGCGCCAGGGCACCUAUGCCAAUCCUAAGGAGUGGGGCCGCGCCCCUCUCAGGGACAUGUUCCUCUCCGACGAGGAUAGUGUCUCCCGUGCCACGCUGGCUGCCGAGCCUGCCCACUCGGAGGUCAGUACCGACUCAGGCCACGACUCCUUGUUUACCCGCCCGGGCCUGGGCACCAUGGUGUUCCGCAGGAACUACCUGAGCAGCGGACUGCACGGGCUGGGUCGGGAGGAUGGAGGUUCGGACAGGGCGGGCACGCCGCGGGGUCGGCUGCAGACCUCCCCCAGCCUGGACGACGACAGCCUGGGCAGUGCCAACAGCCUGCAGGACCGCAGCUGCGGGGAGGAGCUGCCCUGGGACGAGCUGGACUUGGGUUUGGACGAGGACCUGGAGCCCGAGACCAGCCCCCUGGAGACCUUCCUGGCCUCGCUGCACCUGGAGGACUUUGCCCCGCUCUUGCGGCAGGAGAAGAUCGACCUGGAGGCGCUGACGCUGUGCUCGGACGUGGACCUCCGCAGCAUCAGCGUGCCGCUCGGGCCGCGCAAGAAGAUCCUGGGCGCCGUGCGCAGGCGCAGGCAGGCGCUGGAGCGCCCACCCGCCCUGGAGGACACGGAACUGUGA